AUGCAGCUCAAGCUCUCCUUCGUUGCCGGUCUGAUCGCCUCGUCGGCACUUGCCGUUGCUGCUCCCGUCGAGCAGGAGCGAGGCAUCGAGGUCGGCAUCUCGAAGCGUGCCACGCUCACCAAAGAAGGCUCGUCCGAGAUCGACUGGGCCAAGGUGGAUGCCCACAUGAACGGGCUUCGUGCAAAGUACUCCAAGAGCUUUUCCAACUACGAGAAGAACACGGGCAAGGUGCACCCUGCUAAGCGCGACCUCCCCGAGCACCUUGCCAAGCGUGGUACUGGCACCAUUGGGCUCACGGACCAGCAGAAUGGUGAGCUGUGGACCGGUACUUUGGCCUUCGGUACGCCCGCUCAGAGCUUCCCGAUCGACUUUGACACUGGCUCUUCAGACACGCUCGUAAACCCAGGCGCGUACGACCCCAGCCAGUCGUCUACCUCGGCCACCAAUGGAGACCAGUUCUCUACCGCUUACGGCGAUGGCACCACCGCCCAGGGUACGAUCUACACUGACGUCGUACAUGCUGCUGGCUUGACUGCCUCGAAUGCGGCGAUCGGUGUUUCGAACCAGGAGUUUAUCUCCUCGUCCGAAGGCUCGCAGGGUAUCUCGGGCAUGGCGCUUCCGCAGCUCUCGGCAUUUGGCUCCAACUACCCCCCCUACUUCUACAGCCUCAAGCAGUCCGGCGCCGUGUCGUCGGGCAAGUUCCAGUUCGACCUGCGCACGUCGGGCUCGACACUCUUCCUUGGCGGUACCAACUCGGCCAAGUACUCGGGCACUCCGGUCUACCAGAGCAUCGACUCGAGCCGGGGCUUCUGGCAGGUGCCCGCUUCGGUCAACGGCCAGAGCAUCGAGUCGAUCGUCGACACGGGUACAACCAUCAUUGUUGCUCCCACAUCGCAGGCCAAGCAGCUCUUCUCCAAGCUCGGCUUGCCUACCUUCACGCAGGACGGCAGCACGUACGCUUACUACAACUGCAACUCUCCUCCUACGAUCACCUUCAAGUACGGCAGCUACUCCAAGUCUCUGUCGGCUGCUACCACGUCGUUCGGUACCACCAACAACGGCCAGUGUGUGCUCUCGAUCGCUGGUGGCAAUGUUGGCGUCAACGGCUGGGUCACCGGUGACUCGUGGCUCCAGAACACGGUUGCCAUCUUUGACACUGACAGCAACCGUGUCGGUUUCGCCAACAAGGCCUGA